AUGAAUCAGAAGCCAGAAACUGCAACUACAUCUCAAACGAUCUAUGACCCUAAGGAAUUAGAAAGCCAAGCUCAUGAUGUUGAUUCGUUUGAUAUCGAUUGCAAAUAUUUAUCUUUAAUGGUUGAAACUGCUAAACACCCGCCGCCUAAAUGUGUGCUGUACUAUCUUUUUAUUAAUUUACCAUUUUCCUCGCUUGCUUUUGUUUGGAUAUGGGCGACAUUUUUUGCAGCAAUCGGAACUACAUUUGUUCCUCUUGUAGGAUAUUUCUUUUGGUGGUUAUGGGCUUUGAGUUGGAGGUCUUUAGGCAGAAUUGAGCUUCUUGCAACUCGCCUUUGUCAUGAUAUCGACGUUAAAACUGAACAACUUCCUAGAGUGUAUAUUGCACUUUCUAGCAAUAAAUGUAGAUUUUUCCCGCUGAUCCUAGAUGAUAAAUAUACUUGGAGAUGUUUUGCUUAUUUUGCUUUUUUAAAAUGGUUUAUUGCACCAUUUACAACUGUAUUUGUCCUCGUUUCAAUUGUACUUUGGUGGUUUCCUCCUUGUUUACCUCUCAGUGGUUGGGGAUUAAUGAGUCUACAAAGAAUGCAGUAUCAGCUCCCUAGACAAUUUUUCUUAAAGUAA